UUAGAGCUUGGAGAGAAGAAGCAGAGAGGCACAGAGGACAGACAGACAAACAAGAGACAUUCCACAGGGCUUUUGGUUCUCACUUCACAGGAGCUUGCCAUGACAUUUGCUUCUUGCCCCCGAAAUGCACCAUCAGGCAGAGGAAUUGUGAAGUACAAGUGCUGAGAAGCAGAGCUGGAGCAAGGGGGAGAUAUUGCAGCAGGGGGAAUAUUAAGAUUUUCUACUGGUGUUUAAAUUUUUUUUUUUGGAAGGUGGGUGGGGGGGUGGGGGGGGAUUUCUUUUUUUUUUUUUGUACAAAAAAUGGCAGCCAACUGUACUGCCAGUGCCAGCAAGACCAAAACCAAGAAGAAACACUUUGUGGCUCAGAAGGUGAAGCUGUUCAGAGCCAGUGAACCCCUGCUUAGUGUCCUCAUGUGGGGAGUGAACCACACUAUCAAUGAACUGAGUCAUGUUCAGAUUCCUGUUAUGUUGAUGCCAGAUGACUUCAAAGCCUUCAGCAAGAUAAAAGUGGACAAUCACCUUUUUAACAAGGAGAAUCUCCCAAGUCGUUUCAAAUUUAAGGAGUAUUGUCCGAUGGUUUUUAGGAAUCUGCGGGAGAGAUUUUGCAUUGACGAUCAGGAUUACCAGCGGUCUUUGUCAAAGCUUCCAACACAGGAGCUGGAUAAAGUAACAGUGAACAUGGGUUUAGCCCGUCAGAACUCGGUAACACGGAGUGCACCCGUCAACAGCGACGCACAAAACCGAAUGGGAGCUAGGUUCUUAACUACGUACGACAAGAGAUUCGUCAUAAAAACCAUAACUAGUGAGGAUGUAGCGGAAAUGCACAAUAUUUUAAAGAAAUACCAUCAGUACAUUGUGGAAUGCCAUGGCAACACACUACUUCCCCAGUUCCUGGGCAUGUAUCGGUUAACAGUGGACGGCGUGGAGACAUAUAUGACCGUAACAAGAAAUGUAUUUAGUCACAGACUUACUGUCCACAGGAAAUAUGAUCUGAAGGGUUCAACAGUGUCAAGGGAAGCCAGUGGAAAAGAAAAGGCCAAGGAGCUGCCAACGCUGAAAGACAACGACUUUCUCAAUGAAGGGCAGAGAAUUCAAAUAGGAGAUGAAAAUAAAAAGAUGUUUCUGGACAAACUCAAGCGUGAUGUUGAGUUUUUAGCACAGCUGAAGAUCAUGGACUACAGCCUGUUGGUUGGCAUCCACGACGUUGACCGAGCCGAACAGGAAGAGGUGGAGGUGGAGGAGAAAGGUGAAGAGGAGGACUGUGAAAACGACGGAAUGAGUCAUCCUGUUGGUUCGUACGGAACUCCACCAGACAGUCCCGGAAAUAUGUUGAACUUCCCGCGAAUCUUUGGACCGGGAGACUUUGACCCGACAGUGGACGUGUAUGCUAUAAAGAGCCAGGACAUCACACUGGCUAAUUUUCCAGAUGCUCCAAGGAAGGAAGUCUUCUUCAUGGCGAUAAUCGACAUUUUAACUCACUACGAUGCAAAGAAGAAAGCUGCCCAUGCUGCCAAAACAGUGAAACACGGGGCUGGUGCUGAGAUCUCGACAGUCAACCCCGAACAAUACUCGAAGCGUUUCUUAGAAUUUAUGUCCAACAUCAUCACAUAGUGCCACGCAGCGCACCCUACACGCACAACCAGAGACUACUGCUCAGUAGCCAAUGCAGCAAUGUGGGAACGAACACUUUGACACCGUAGUGCUGCGUGCAGUAUUGAAAGUGCAGAGACUAAUCUCAAAAUCACAUCCUUUAGAAACAAAAGAAACAAAAACACACACACACA